CUAUCGACUCAGAAAGAGGCGUGGAGGCGGCUUUGGAGGCCCUGUGGAGGCCGAUUAUUGUGCGCACAGACAGCUGCAAUCGAGAAACGAGGGAGCUGAGGCGUUCCUUACGUUGCGGCGAGAGGAGUUGUGGAUGUUUGGGGCGGGAUAAUGGGCGAGAGGGGAGUGUGGCUGGUCCCCGACCCUUGCGGACUCUUCUGCUCUUCAGUGGUAGGUAUGGGAAGACACACAAACAAACACAGAAAGCAGAGAGAGGCACACGCCUGUCCGUGUGUGUGGUUUCAGGCCUGGUUUCUGAUCUUCUUCGCUGACUAUGUGACGUGUGUGGGCAUCGUCUGGCCAUGGUAGAGCAAACAAACGGGGGGAGAACUACGCAAAUGCGCUUAAUUGUCGUUGCUGUGUGUCUGCCUUUCCCCCUGUUCCACAGGUUGGAGCAGACCCGUCUGCUGCACAUCGCCGUUUUGAACUUUUGGGCGGGGAUGGCCAUCGUCAGCCAGCUGGUCUGCAUGCUCACCGACCCGGGCGCAAUUGCCAAACCCACUCGUACGGCCAUCCAUCCAUCUGCACAGCCACAGGCAGGCAGAGGGAGAUGUUUGGUUGUGUUGUGGUCGGUCAGCUGAUUCCGAGAACAAGGAGCUGGAGUCGCAGGACAACUCUGGGAUGCGUCGGUGCCUCAAGUGUGGCGGCAUCAAGCCGUUCAGGGCCCACCACUGCAGUGUCUGCCAGCGGUGCAUCAUGCUCAUGGACCACCACUGCCCAUGGGUAGGUAGCCUGGUGGGUGGGUGGCGGGACGGACGGACUGGCAAUGGUAUGCGAUGCGUGUGUGUGCACUCGUGUUGGCUGGCUGGCUGCACUGACUGCAGGUGAACAAUUGUGUGGGCAUGUACAACCAGAAGCACUUCCUGCUCUUCCUCCUGGUGCGCAGCGCAUGACAUGGGGGGAUGGCAUGCAUGGGAUGGACGAAUGAAGGGGUCACUGCACUGCACCCGACAGAGAAAGCCACGCCACGUGGGCACACACAGUCUGUCUUUGUCUAUCUAUCGCGUUUGCUCGGUUGCAAUGAAUGCAGUACGUGCUGUUUAUGAGUAUCCACGUGAUGAUCCUGCUGAUUGCACGGGUCGUCAGCUGCGCCUCAUUCGACUACACGUACACACACACACACACACACACAGGCGGACAACACCGCGAGGAGAGCAAUCCAGUGCAGUGUGUCUGUGUGUCUGUGUUGUGCCUGUCAGACACAAGCGCGAUUACUGGCGGGCGAGGCGGCGAAACCCCUCACCCUUCCAAUCGCCGGUGGGCAACACACAUACACACACACACACAUGGCCGUCUGUCCGCCCGUGUGAUGGCCCCGCCCCCCACAUAUCCCCCCUGCGCUGCGUGUUUGGAUGAUGAUGGCUUGCCUGUGUGUGUGCGUGGCGGUGUGUGCGGUUGGCCGUGUGCAUGUCGACGGACUGCCUGUCUGGCUGGCUGGCUGGCUGGUUGGUCGAUCAGAGUGUGAUUGAUGGUAUGUUUUCUCAGUGCGAAGUGGCGCCCGCUUUCCUCCUCCUCUAUGUGGUAAGGAAGGACAAAUGCGGCGCUACAUGACAUCCAAACCCAUACACCCAUAUGUGUGCGAGUCGAGUCGAGUCGAGUCGAUCGUUGGUUCCUCCUUUCUCUCUUCCUUGCCUUCAGAUAGUGUUUUUCGAGGCGAUUGUGUUUGGCCUCUUCACUCUUGUCAUGUUCUGCGACCAACUCAGCGCCGUAUUCUCCAACGCAACGGGUGGGUGGUGGUGGGCCGUCGGACGACAGCACACACACACACACGCGAGCAGUCGGACACACAUCAUGAUUCAUGAUGUGUAAAUGUUGCAGGUAUAGACCAGCUGCAGAACACUGCCGGCCCGCAGCGGUCGACAUGCGAGGCUCUCCGACAAGUCUUCGGAACGCCUUUGUCCAUCUACUGGUACCCAUCCCCAGACCACACACAACAUACGUGCUUUGGCGUGAUCACCAUCCCCUCUCUCUCUCUCUCUGUGUGUGUGUGUGUGUGUGCAUGGAUCAGGUUUCUGCCCACAGCGGUUCAUUUCAGCUUCAAGAAGGGCGGCGAGGAUGAGCGCGAGAUGAUCCCGUGGAUGUCAGACGUCCCCUGGGAGCAGCUGGAGACCCCGCCAAAGGAGUUCUUCAGAUCGCGGAGCCCUCUUCUUGCGUGUCGUCAUCAUGACCACUCCUGCCCCUCCUCACACCUACACCCACCCUCCUCGCCCACCAGUCACCCUGCUGCUGCUGCUGACCAUUCUCACGCCCACACGCACACACAUGGCCGUCAGCAUCAUGGUAAUGCAUCAUGUGGGCAUGGCCAUGGGUGGCGCGGUGCGAGGCGUGUGUUGCGGAUGGUUGUGCGGACGGUGGGGUGGCCGUGUUAUCGGACUAAGAGGAAAGAGCGACACCCUCACCUAGCGCCUACUGCCGUCAAGGCUUGAGUGAUUGAGUGCGUGCAUGCGUGAGACCUGGUUGGUUCGUAUGAUAGAUACGCUUUAUGGUAUGGGCAG